GUUCAUUGAAAUCAUUUUAUACAGAACUAAUUUUAAAAGGUUAUUAUCUACCUAAUUAUGAAACUGCCGAUACCAAUAUGCAGCAUUUACUCAGGGUUGCUUGUUAAAAGGGCUUCAUCUGUAAAUAAGCUGAAAUCAAAGUUACUUACCUUGUUAAAUAAGCAUCAAAAAUUGACCUAUAUCGAGAGUUGUUUCAAAUAAUAGGAUAGGGAGGACAGAUAAUGGUUGAUUAACAUUUUAUAUUAUGUGUUUCCAAACUAUCCGUACUUUAAACAACCAAGUUUAAAAUCACUAUACGGAUUGACCUAAUCCCAUAUAUAGUAGCAUAUCAAUCUAUAUUUAAUAAAAAGCUUAAAGAACUCAAACAAUACUUUUUAGAUCUAAAAGAUUAAGAUUGUUUAAAUCUUAACCGAUUAGAAAAUAAAAAGAUGA